AUGGGCAACCCCGAACACGGCACGGAACAGUACGACCGCAAGCUCGAGAACAACCGCGCGUACAAGGCCAGAGUCAAAAAAGACAAGGCCAAAGCGGCGAAGCACAAGCUCAAGAUGCGAUUCCAGAGGCCGCUGUUGAAGAAGAUCGCGGACCUGGAAGAGCAGGUUGAUUGGUGCCAGGGCGAGGCGGCGGACAACUGGGAGCUCGCCGAGAAGCGUGCGUGGUCCAACGAGCAGCUUCGG